AUGAGCUUAGCAUCUUCUAAAAGGCAGAAGACACUUGAUAGAGUGGGAAGAGACUACUCAACAUCAGAGCCGGAUGAACGGAAUCGUGUCGGGAUCGCGAACGAGUACGCAAUGGCUAUCGCGUCAAUACAGACAUACGGACAACGCUUAUCGCCGGAGAAGAAUAACCGUAUGGAAAUGUGGAUUGAGCGUCUACCCUAUGACUGGCAAUUCGAGGACGCAAACACAGCUCACUCGGCUACUGUCAUAGUGUAUGAAGACUGGUUAGAUUGGUCAAAGCCCAAGGCGCUCUCCUGGCUCAGUAAGCUCGACAAGUUUGAGCGCCGAUUUCGGAUUGCUGGAGUCGCGUAUCACGAGAUUCCAUAUGCGUUGCGACAUUCUUCAACACUUGUCCAUGGCCCCAAGAUCGAUAAGGUUAUUCUAGUACGUCUAAGCCAGGUUUUCGAGACCGAUCGUCCGCGUUCUCAGCAGUCAUUCUUCCGCCCAUGGAAUGAGAUCUUCAAUGUUGUUAAUGGGAUAUUGACUAGACUGAAAGCGAACAAGACCACACCAAAGAAUGUCGACCGGCUUCGCAUUUUGGAGUCCGGAUUUGAAGUCGUGCUAUCUCAGCUGCCAAAGCCACUGUGCAACCUGGAGGCUGCAUUGCUAUGGGUCGAAGAACAAGUUGCAAACCUCACCGAGCGCUCCGAACUCGACGGAAGCGUCAAUUUGGCCGCCAAGCACAGCCGCGAAGGAGGCCUAUUUCGGAUAUGGAUACAGACCUUCCUGGAAAUUGAGUAUGGCAUGGUAGAAUCGAAGUCCGACUACACGGAAGGUUUCGUCGAUGCCGUGUUGAGAGAUGAGGGUAUUGUAGAGGACGCAUACUGGAGUGUGUUGGCGGACGGAUGCGAUGGAGAUAUCUAG